AUGGAGAGUUUUUCAGACGAAGAAUCCGAAGUUCCAAAGUACACUAUCGUCACCGAGAGCGGGAAGCAGCGCAGCUCGCGGGAGUUCACGGGCUUCGGAAAAGCAACUUACCGAUUCGAUGAAGAGAAAACAGAGGAGUUCGAAGGCCACUACCUCAACGGAGUCAGAGAAGGAAAAGGAAAGUACUGGUACUGGAACGGGGCCUCCUACGAAGGCGACUUUCAGCUCAACAAGAAAAACGGCAUUGGACAGGCGAGAUACAAAGAGCAGCCGCCCCAUGACGUUGAAGAAGAGCCCGACGAGGCGGCCGCAGCGCCCGAGACGUUUUCGACGUAUUUAGGACAUUUCCGCGAAGGACAGCGCGACGCAAGCGGUGCCCUGCUCUACGCAAACGGCGACAUGUAUAUCGGCGGCUGGAAAAAUGGCAAAAAAUCCGGCUUCGGGCGAUACACAUACGCCUCAGACAAGUCGCAGCUCAUUGGCGUCUGGCAGCAGGGACGCCUAAAGCACGGUCGAUGGAUUCUUCCGUCGGGAGUCUACUACACAGGCACCUUCAAACGAAACAAACCCGUCGGCAAAGGCGUCUGGAUCUUUCCUCGCAGCGGAAAUCAGGUUCUCGGCGAAUACCUUCAAAAGACUCGAGAGGCAACCGAGGACGAAGUCGAGCGAGACGACGACAAAGAAGACGCGCUCCCUGCUGACGAACUUCUUGAAGUUGAAUCCAUUGAAUUUUCGUGCCGCUCCUGCACCGCGCUAAGGGAAGGUUGA